AUUGUGUUGAGUUAAGUUAUGAUUUAAAUAUUUUGGCCUAGUGAAGUACAUUUUUGCCCAUAUUCAUAUAUAAACCAUUGUACAGAGUUGUAACAUUGAGUGUAUAUAUGAAAUACAUCUAAUGCAGUUAUUUCUUUUUAGAUUCACACCCUGCAAAGCCCAAGAAGCAUCAAACUUUAAUUCUUAAUGACUUGCUAGAAGAUGUAACCUUUGCCGAUGUGACACUUACAGCUGAGGGGCAGUCGGUUAAGGCACACAAGGUAAAUUGGAGGAUGAGAAGAGUAUAAAACCUACCUAUUUUGUAUUUAAGGUUUAUAUGAUUUUCAUCCACUAUUCAGUAGCAGCUGUACUUUUCCCUUGCUGCAGGCUGUUGUUGUAGAUGUUAGUCUAUGCCUUUACUAUAAUAUGUACUCUUGUUUGUUUAGUAUACCGGGUAUUGUAUUUGGUGCAAGUAGUGAAAGAUACAGUUUGAAAUUGUGUACAUUCUGCUUCCAGACUCCUAUUUAAAGGAUGAUGGCUUUUACUUUCAUCUUCAUUUUCUCUAUAGGCAGUGUUGUCAGCCAUGAGCCCCUACUUCAGAAGUGUGCUGCAAAACAACCCAAGUCCUCACCCCAUUAUCAUCAUGCCUCUGGACAUGCGGUUUGAGGAUCUGAAAGGAAUUAUUAAUUAUAUAUAUGUGGGUGAGAUAAUAGUACCAACUGAGAAUAUGUUCUCACUAUUUAAGGCAGCUCGAGUUCUUCAAAUUUCUGAUUUUUCCACCAUUGAUGCCACUGGCUUAAGCAGACCUGGUGCAUCUUCAUCAUCCAGUAACACACAGUUCACACAUAAUGUUGAGACAGCCACACCAACUGGAACACUAGAUAUUGAUGAAACAGCCACACCAACUAGAACACCAGAUAUAGGUGAUACAGCCACACCAACUAGAACCAACCAGUCUGAUGGAGUAAGGGCCUGUACAAGGAGAAAGGAUGAUAUUAAUAAGAUACAGUCAUCUAAUAGAAUUCAAAAGUGCACAGUAUCAUCUGCCACUGACCAUCUGGACAAAAGUCAGAAACAUAUACACAUUUGGGCAAACUAUACUGCAGUGGACACUGAAGACCCAUUAGAUAUUAGCAACCAUAAGAGAUCAGAAGGUGGAUCUUCAUCUGAGCAGACAAAAGACAAAAGCUCAUUCCUGGAAGAUCUUCCUGUAUUUUUACCUGAUGGAGAAACCCUAUCAAGUGACAUAGAUUGUGACUAUUUAGAACAUGAAAAAGAAUUCAUUGACUCACAGCUUCAUUAUCAAGGGAGUGAAUGGGUUUUUCAUCAGGCUCCAAGCAUAAUAUCUGGUGAACUGAAUAAUGAUGCCACAAGCCCGCUGCAUAUUAAAGAAGAGUUUAACUAAAACAGCACGAUUAUUGUUACUUGUUCAAAAUAAAUAUAUAUUUUAAAUGAAUUUCGAACUUGUAUUCAUUUGAAUAUGUAGAACAGAUCGUUAAGGAGGCAGAAUAAUCAUUAGUAUUGGAAUGUCAAUUAUUCAUUUACACAUGAAGUUUAAAUAUCUCUUGAGGAUAUUUGUCUUGGAAAAAGGAUUUCUGACCUGUAGUUGUUUUGUUUAUGCUGUUUGAUUACAUUGUUUUAAUAUUUAAGA